AUGUUUCUCCAAGUAUAAGAACAAUGAAAUAUUGAAGUAUUAAUGUGAACAAUAAAAAUUUCUGAAACCUUUCUAAUCAUGCGAGCCUACAAUACUCAAGGAUUAACGGAAUCCUUUAAAUUUUCAUUGCAGAUGCUGAAAUCAUGCAGGACAUUAAGUAUGACGGUUCGAGGGCCAGCGUUGGAUCCUCAUUGCAAAGGCGGGCAUCCGGUGUGGUCUUCUUCUGGUCGACAACAAUCUUGCAGCUGGAUCGACCGCCAAGGUCGUCCAACAUCGCCACCUCCAGUUUACCCACUUCGAGACUCGAGGUACGGUCCAAGGACGAGAAAAGUCGAGCUCUGCAUCGAACCUGGCCAGUCCCUUGGUUUGAUGAUCAGGGGUGGUCUGGAGUACGGCCUUGGGAUCUAUGUCACCGGGGUCGACAAGGACAGCGUGGCCGACCGAGCUGGACUUUUGGUAGGUGAUCAAAUCAUUGAAGUAAAUGGACAGAACUUCGAGGAAGCAACCCACGACGAGGCAGUGGAAAUCCUGAAGACGAACAAGAGGAUGACUCUCCUGAUUCGCGAUGUCGGGAAAGUGCCACACUCUUGCACCACUAGUCAACCGAUUGUCAUGCCAACAUCUAGGUAUCCCGAACACGAUCCUCUCCUCUUGGAGAGCCCAGGAAAUCAUCGACCGCCGAGUCCUACCGUUGCGAGCGAUUGGAGACAUAGAGGCGGUAUGCACACAGUUUCCGCGGCGACGGCCGCGAUGGUGGAAGAGAAAGCAAGGGUGGUUCUCGCGAGAAGCGAGAAGGCUGCGCUCUCUCAGCUUUUAGCUGAUUACAGAACACGUCGAAUGACGAUCGAGGAGCUAGUUAUCAGUUUAGGGGACCUGCUGAACACCCACGAGAAACUGACUCUUCUAACUGAGCUCAGGGAACUCGUCGACAGUAAAGACAGAGCUACUUUCGACGAUUUGGUUUACAGGCCUCGGGUAGCCAUGGCAAGGAACGAAAGGGACGAAUAAAGACGAAAGAGAAGAGAUAGGAGAAGCUCAUUGUCGAUUGGAGAGGUGCGAGAAGGGAAUGGAAUAUCUCGAGGGGAAUGUCUUGAAGAAGAAAAGAAGACUACCAGCAGGAAACAAAGCGGAAGCCGAAGAAUCAACUGAAGAACGUCCGAAUUACCAGAUACAUUUUACGUCCACUUCGAUGGAACGUUGGAUCCGAGAGAUGGACGGAAAAAAAGUGAGAAAAAUACUCGUUGGCCAUCGAAACCGGGUUGAGAAUGGCGACAGAUUAGCGAAUGGCAUGACUGGAUUUGGUGAUUUCUCGCAGAGGGGUGUACCCGGUGGUUGUUGCCGUCCGGGACGACUGAUGGACGUCGAGGGAGAUCCUCUAGGAGUAACAGGACCUCUUCUGCCACGGGAUAACCAGGAAUAUAAAUCGCCCAGCGAGGACAGCGGUCUCGGGGCCGACAUGCCCAGGACCAGGACUACGAGGACGAGCUGGAGAACGGACGUGGACGAAGACAUAGCUCGCCUGGUGGAUCGCGGGGCAACCCUAGAGAUUACGGUCAUCGUCAUCUUCAUCCGGACAAUUUGGUAAGUCGGAUACGAGUUUAUCUUAAUCUCGCGGGGCAUCUUCGUCACGGUUGCUCCCUUGUUUCUUCCGGGGAUCUCUCGUUCAUGCUUCCGGUCAGGAUUUAUCGAUGGUGUUUCCUCGCGUGGCAAUAG